AUGCUUCUCGCCUUGCGCCUUGAAAUUUACGUAUGCAAUCAACCUUCUUCUUCUCCCGACAACUUUCCAUUGGACAGCCACGAACAAUCUACCAAAACACCGCACUUCUACAACCGAUACAUCAACCCUUUUCGCAUCUUCUACAGUCGAAUUAAACAAAUGUUCAGCUUCAUUUGCGGCACCUUAUUGGCGGUCAAGGAUGUCGUCAGCAGUACCAUCCGCAACUCCAGUAACAAUGCCUUCCAGCAGAGCCUUCCCGGCGCAUGGCCUACGGAUUGCCAUGCCACUCCCACCCCGGAUCUUCACAAAAACCGUAACACCAACAACCGUCACGAAAUGCGUAGCGAACACCACGCCCGAAAAAUCCUCGAGGCGCGCGCUCGCCGCCGUCGUGAACGCCGCACCAAGAAAGCAGAUUAUGCCAGUCGUACAUACGUCGGACCAUCUCAGUGCGCCCAAGCUAUCGACCUCGCCAUGGAGAAUUUCCGCAGAGGCAUGGAUGCCGCUGCCUUCUUGGCUGGCCGUGAUGCCAUCAAAUGGCCAAUGCUUAUUCAGACCUACGUCAACAACAACCGCGAUGACUACAAUACCGGUCCUGUCUUCAAGGAAGCUCUGAACACAAUCAGAGACGGCGCGGAGCGCGCGGUCCACCAUAUGGUUGACGUCUGCGGAGAGGCUUCUCGUUCCCUCGGCGAAGUUCAAAAGGAUCUUCAUCCUUUAUGCCUCCAACUUGAUUCACUCGAACAGAUGUACGACGACCGUGUCCGCGAGGAACUUGCAAAGGCAGAAGAGAAAUGGUAUAAAGAGAGGAAUUCCAUUAAGGAUGUCUGCUGGGAAAACUUCUUAGUCGAUCAGCGGGCCUUGAAUUUGUACGGCAUGCCAGAACAUGUCAGGCAUGCUGAGAGCCAGAGAUAUCUUCAGGAAGAGUACAAGCAACGCGAGGAGGAUUUGAAGAUGCAGCUUCGAGAGCAGUGCCGUCUGUACGAGGCCAUGCUUGCUGCCGACAGGAAAGAGGUGAGAGAAAACAUGGAAGCAGCGGUGGAGAAAGCUAGGGAGGAAGGAUACACCCACGGUAUCCGCGAGAAGCGCAAGGUCGAAGAGGAAGCCCAUCCAAGCGCGCCUCAUGCUCGCAAGCGCAGACGCUAUCAGUAG